AUGUCAGCGUUCACAAGGACGCAGCUGAUUCUCAUUAUUUCCCUGGAGUAUCUAUGCCUGGAGUAUGUUCAUGUGAUUUAUUCUUUGUCUUCGUUUCAAACAGCGAGUUACUCAACAAAGACUCCAUAUUUUUGGCUUUACAAUGAAAAAGAAAUUGUCACUGAUGAUUCUGAAACCUGGUUUGACUAUGGUGACAAAGCAUGCCAAGUCAUUCAUUUAAAUGCGGUAUUACGUCACGGUGCCAGGUAUCCCAGUCUCAAAUGGAUCAAGAGAAUGUCAGCAUUGCAUAAAAAAUUAAUAGAAAAUGGUGUUGAUGAACGCUUUCCAUUCUUGAGAUCUUGGUCGAAUCCUUUUCCAGAGGAGAGUGAUAAGAUUAUUGCAGAACUUGGGCAGCAAGAGCAAGAACUGCUGGGGGAGAGAUUCGCUCGUAGAUUUAAUCUGUUGUUUGAUGAAGAUAUGGACAGUGUUCAUGUUGUGUCCUCCAGUAAACAGAGAAGCCAUGCCAGCAGUCUUGCAUUUUACUCUGGACUUUCUCGGACAGUUCUUGGGGAAGUGGACAAGACAAUGGAACCAGAAAUUAAUGAUAUUGCAAUGCGAUUUCAUGACAAUUGUGUUCAUUUCAGUGAAACAGUUGACAAUAACAAAACAGCUACUAGUGAAUACUCUAAAUUCAAGUAUGGACCUGAGGUGGCUCUUAUUGCAAAAAAACUAAGUGUCGUUUUAGGUUUACCUGAAGAAGCAGGUGUAACGCCAGAUGACUUAAAUACAAUACAUCAGUUGUGUGCUUUUGAGGAGGCCCUAACAGAAUCAGGGUCUCAGUGGUGCCAAUUUCUUGAUGAGGAAAACCUAGAGGUCAUUCAGUAUAUGAAUGACCUCAAGCAAUACUGGAAGAAAAUGUAUGGACAUGAUAUUUCAUCAGCCAUGAGUUGUCCACUUGUGAGCAGCAUAUUCACAACUUUGGACAAAGUCAUACAAGCCAACAACGCUGAUGAGGAUUUUGAGGCUGCUGUAUUUGGCUUUGGACAUGCAGAGACUUUAGCUCCGCUUUAUGCAGCACUUGGUCUCUUUAAGGAUGAUCCACAACUAAAGGCAGACAAUUUCAAAAUCCAUCAAAACAACAGAAAGUUCCGAGCCAGUAAAGUGCUGCCGUUUUCUGGUAAUUUUGCAGUGGCUCUGUUUCAGUGUGACUCUGUAGAUGAUCAGGAUGACACAACUGAUGACUCGGUGUAUGUGGUCAAAUUUUACGUGAAUGAGAAGCCAGUAGACAUUCCAGCAUGUGGAAAGAAAGUCUGUCCAUAUGACCAAGUCAGGGAUUUCUACAAAAGUCAGGUAGACAAGUGUGACUUCCAUAAGAUGUGUAGAAACCCAAAUCAAGACAGUAAAAAGCAUGAGGAGCUGUAAUAAAA